AUGGAGAAGCUGACGUUCCGCGAGGUGAAGACGCCGCAGGAGUUUCGUCAGGGUGAGGAUGCUGAGGUAAUCUGUGAUGUCAUCAGUUCACCCGUGCCAGCCGUGUCCUGGUUCUACAAGAACAAAGAAAUCACGUCUGAACCCAACAGCAUAUUUCAGGUCCUUCCCACCAACAACCUGCAGAUCCUGAGAGUGAGUAAAGCUGAUGAGGGUGUGUAUCGCUGUGAGGCGCGUGUUGAGGCCAGAGGAGAAAUCGAUUUCAGGGAUAUUGUGGUGCUGGUGAACGUUCCUCCAGUUCUGUCAGUGCCUCAGCAGUCCUUCAAUGCCACCGCCGACUAUCAGGAGUCAGUGACAUUCACCUGCAUCACGUCCGGCUCCCCUGACCCUCAGGUGACCUGGUACUGCUCUUUUCGCUACAAGUUACACCGUGCUUGUGAGCUGGCUACACAAAAUGUGUUUGCUGCUCAGUCCAAGAUGAAAGGCUGGUUUGAUAAAAAGGCCAUGGUCAGACAGUUUAAGCCUGAGGAUAAAGUUCUGGUGUUUUUGCCUAUCCCUGGUUCCAGCUUUCAGGCACGUUAUAGUGGCCCCUAUGUCAUAAAAAAGAGAGUCAGUGACAGGGAUUAUAUUGUAGCUACUCCUGACCGUGCACGUCAUAGCAGACUUUGCCACAUCAAUAUGAUUAAACCUUAUUAUGAUCGUGAGCAGUUGAACAAACCUAGCUCUGGUGAUGUAAACACAGUUCUGGCCUUGACCAAUGCUGAGUGUUCUCCAGCUUUAUGUUUGCCUCUGUCUAACGCUUUGCAAGUACGUGAUCCUUCUGUGUCACCAUUCGGUGCUGAAACUGUCCUUGAGGCCUAUGUGCCGUCCCAAACACACGUAUUGCAGCAUGACAUCGACGUUGGUGACAACACGCCGAUUAAACAGCACCCGUACCGUGUCAACCCAGAAAAAUGUUCUUUGUGUUGUUCUUCCCAAAUUGACACAACAGAGACUGGAAGCUCAACAUCCUCUUUCAGGCUGGAGUACAAGCUGCAACAAGUCCAGCCUCACAUCACUCAGCUGAGGAAUGUGACAGCGGUGGAGGGAAAUGCUGCUAUGAUAUCCUGUACAGCUGAGGGAGAACCACUGCCCGAGAUCUCAUGGAGGAGAGCCAGUGAUGGACAGACAUUCACAGAUGGAGAUAAGAGUCAGGACGGCCGUGUGGAAGUGCGAGGACGCCAAGGAAAAUCCAUGCUGACUAUCAGCGGGGUUCGACUGUCAGACUGGGGCCGAUUCGACUGUGAAGCUCUCAGCAGGAUCGGAGGCCAUCAGAAGAGCAUGUUCCUGGAUAUCGAGUAUGCGCCAAAGUUCCAGACCAAUCAAACCAUCUUCUACUCAUGGGAGGGAAACCCAGUGAACAUCAGCUGCGACAUGAAGUCCAACCCUCCAGCGACUAUGCUGUGGAGACGAGACCGGUUUACGAUCUCUAGUCAAGGGACCAGCAACAUCCGCAUUCACACCACAGAGGGCCGAUCGCUUCUAGAGGUCACUCCAGUGUCGGACAGGGAUUUCGGACGUUACAACUGCACAGCCAGAAACAACAUCGGCACUCGAUAUCAAGAGUUUAUAUUAGCACAGGCAGAUAUCCCAUCGCACCCGUACUCUGUUCGGCUGACUGCUGUCUCCCAACGUCUCGCCACCGUCACCUUCAUAAAGCCCGACUCUCACGGCGGCGUCCCCAUCAGCUAUUACAUCAUCAACUAUAAAGACACAAGCUCACAGGACUGGAGGACAGUGAGAUCACAUGGAGUUCAGAGUACAGUAGUUCUUGCUAACCUGGAGCCCAACACAACGUAUGAAGUGCGCGUGGCGGCCGUCAAUGGAAAGGGUCAGGGUGAUUUCAGCCACACAGAAACCUUCCAGACAUUACCCAUCCGUGAGCCGAGUCCUCCGACAGUUCAUGGACAGAGAGGCAUCGGUAAGGCCUACAGACUCGGACUGAUCAAACAGGACGAUGGCGGGAUGCCCAUCGUGGAGUACAUCUUGAAGUAUAAAACGGAUAAAGAGGAGCAGUGGAUGACCAAGCUGGUUCCUGGCAUGAAUGACUUUGCGCUGCUACAGCCGCUGCAGUGGAACACGCGCUACAAUGUGGAGAUCACGGCGCGCAAUGUCAAGGGCCUGUCAGAGCCCACCUUCUUCCAGUUCCUUAUGCCGCAGAAACCUGACAUCACAGCAGAUUCCCUGUUCAGCGGCCUGGGCCUCGGCACGGUGGUGGGUCUCGGGGUGGCAGUUCUUCUUCUGCUACUGGUGCUGGUGGACGUCAGCUGCUUCUUCUUGCGUCAGUGCGGCCUCCUCAUGUGUAUCACCCGCAAGCUCUGCAGCAAGAACACCACCAGCGGCAAGAGCAAAGAGCUGGAGGAGGGCAAAGCAGCAUACCUGGUUGAUGGCUCAAAGGAGCCCAUCGUGGAGAUGAGAACUGAAGAAGAGAGAAUUACUAACCAGGAGGAUGGCAGUCCAGUGCACGAACCCAAUGAGACGACCCCUCUGACAGAGCCAGAGUAA